CUCAUUCAUUGUUAUACUUCGGAAGAAGCAACAACAUUGGAGCACCGUCGGACUGCAGAAGAAAAAGUUUGUUCAUACACAUAUUACACUAUUCCAUGUCCAUAUUUGUUAACACAUUUUAGUGCCGUGCCCGGAAAACCACAGGCAUGCGUGCAGUCUUUCCUCGCACAACACAAAUUCUUCUGCGAUAGCUCCCAAUGGUGACUUCUUAUCCGCGUUUGGUGUGUAUCCGCCUGUGUGUGCAAUUGUUCGUUUUCGCGUACGCGUGUGUGUGUGUGUGUGGGACUGGGUGUGUGUUUAGUGGGACGAUAAGUGGUUUAUAAAUUAUUGUCGUAGCUGGGUAAUUGCGCUAAGGCUGUUUGUAGUACGGAAAAGAAAUUGGAAGAAAAACAUCUAGAAGGUUGUGUUGUUGUUGUGGGUGCGGGUGCGUUUGUCUGUGUGUGAAUAGUUUUUAAGUGAGAAAAAGAUUCCAUUAUUAUGUACGAAAUAUUAUGGUGGAUUCCUGUUGUUGCAUCGUCAUCCUAGAGCUACGGUGGGAUGUACGCUUUGUGAGAGUGUGUGUGAGUGUGUAUAAGUUGAUGAUGUGUGUUGCUGCUUCGAUAGAGAAUGUUUCGCUAUGCAUGGUACGAAUGAUUUUCUAUUGCGUUCUGGUGAAAAGCUAUCACUGUUUUUCUUCACUCGUUCUGUCCUGUCCACGCCCUUACAACCAACAGGGUAGUAGCAGCGAAACGGGGAUGUUGGGUGCUUAAAGUGUUUGUGUGUGUAUGUGUGUUUUGUGCCGCCGUAACGGAAGUCGAUUGAAACGCAGUCGGCCGUGCAAAUCGAGAAAAAAAGGGAAAUGUGUACAGGGUGACCAAAGAACCAGCAAGAGGGAAAUGUGCUUAAGGGUAGGGGCGGAGGACCCCCUCGUUGCCACCUCAACAUCCGGCCCCCAGCAACACAACUCCCAGCCAGCAGCAGCUCCCCUGGAGUCUACUCUCGCUCACAACAACCUCACUACACCAUACGCAACGAGCGAGCGAGCGAGCGAACAAACGAACGAACGGGAGAAGCAAUAGAAGGUUCCGGAUGGUGUCACGAUGGUGUCAGGGCGGCGCGCAGUUGGUGGAACCGAGUGGAAAUAUUCUACAUAAAACCGUGUACAUUACCCUGGAACUGGGGUAUCAACAGUACCUUCACGCCUCUAACGCAAAACUAGGUCGAAUACCAUCCGGCACAGUCGUGUUUAGCCUGCAUCGUCGCUUUUGCAGAGGAGCAACUCUCGCCAUUAAACAGCUCUAGCCCAGCCGCAAACAACCACCUCAGGACUAGAUGUUGCGCCGACAAGUUUCGAGACCAUCUCUCGAACUAAAAGCAAUCAGGAAGCGGUUGGCAGAUAUGAGCUCACCAUGAGGACACCAACUGUAACGAAAAUCAUCAUCAGAAAGCUCUCGCCACGAUACAUUUGUUCGUUCAGCCUAAAAGCGUGCUGUGUUGGUGUGAUGUAGUGUGCUCGACAAAAAGAGAGCGAGAGAGACCGAUGUCGGUUAGCGUGUGUCGUUUUCAGAAAACACCGUGUAUUGCCAAGUGUAGCAAACGGGGCAGCAAAUCAUCUCACGUCCGUGUUUGUGUGCGCUAGUGAUUGUUCAAGGAGGAGAAUUUAUUGUACAAUUUCGUUGUUGGUGACUCCGUAGAAGGUUUGUGUCCUGUUUUUUGCGCUUCAGCAAAGUGUGUGUGUAUCGUGAAUGAAUGAUAUAGUCAACAGUGCAUAAAUAUUACUGGAAAGCAGUCAACAGAGAAAAACGGUCAGUUGCGCCGGAUGGCGCUACUGUAAACAAACAUCGCAGUAACGCAGUAGCCGCCGCCGGCAGCACGUUUCAUUAGCAACGGCAGUCGAAGAUGGUGUAGCAAGUGCAGUGGUAGUUGCUAGAAGAGUGGUUGAGCUGUUGUAGAAGGUGUAAUCACGUACAUUCCACCAGGAUCGGUCCUGUUCGGUCGGUUCUCGGAUCAAAUAGAACCACGAAAGGUUUUACCAAAGGUUUGUGACGCUGUCUGCGGUGGUCUACUGUGAGUCUUUCUGUCUGGUGAGCAUUCCGUGAGGAGUAAGAAAAUCUUGAAUCGUUUCCCGAACGACGACAACAAACAAGCCGCCCGUCAACCCGUUCGGACGCGCCAUGAUGAAUCCGAACCAUUCCGGUGCGUCACGGCGCCCGUACUCGCGCGGUGCCGUACCGCGCAACCGUUCCCGGAUGCCGUUUUCGCCGCACCAUACGCACCACGCGAACCGGAACCAUGGUGGACAUAACCAGUCCUGGUACAACAAGGACAUGGAGAAUAGCUUUAACUACGGUGAUAAUGGAAGUAGUCCCAAAGAAGCAUCCUUCACGUACACGUCCAAGUCCCCGCCGGUGCAGUUGCAUUCCCCUCCCUUAGCGGGUCGCCAAACGGCGGCAGCUCUACUAAUGCCUUACGGUGCUGCUGACGAUGGUAGUAUUAAUAAUAGAUCUCAACAAAUUCUUAGAGCCGGCCCGAGCCACAUUGACCGGCACCGGAUCAAUAUGGGCGGUAAUAGUAUGCAGGAUCGCAACCGGCACACGAUGAGUGCGUCCUCGAUCGAUCGCCAUUCGAACCACUUCGAGGGACCGUCGAAUUCAACGCGCGGAUCGGACCUGCACGGUGGCGGAGAUGCGCGUUCCGUGCUGUCGAUGGACUCGAUGCGAAACAGCCGCGAUAAUAAUGGCGGUGCUCGGGAGCGCUUCAGUCCACACUAUCACUCCGGUCCGGGUGGCAAUGGUUCCGGUCCGGCAGGAGGAGGAGGAGGAGGAGGUGGUGGUGGUCCCAAUCAAUCGUCCUCGCCUCCGUACUGUCCGGUGGAUGGGAUCGGCGGUAACGGUGGGAUCAAAUCGGACAGCCCGUCGCGCAAGAGGCGCCGCGUUUCGUCCCGACUGCCGAGCCAGUCACCACCCGCAGCCAUCUGGGAGCAUCGGCGCUCACCGCGCAAUGGCGGUGGCGGCGGUGGCGGCAUGAUGUCUUUGAUGGGGACGAGCGGUGGUAGUGCGAACGGCGGUGGUGGCAAUGGUGGAUUGGGGAACCAUGCGAUGAACGGACAUCACAACUUGUCGCUGCAACAACAGCAGCCCCAAUCGUCGCAGAGUAUGCAGCAGCAGCAGCAGCAGCAGCAGCAACAGCCACAGCUACUCCAUCGGGACCAUCCUCAGCAGCAGCAGCAUCAUCAUCAUCAGCUACACCAUCAUCACCACCACUCCCAGCAGCAACAACAGCAGCAACAGUCACAUCACCACUCGAACGGUGGUGCCGGAUCUCAUUUGCAUCCGAGCUCGGGCGGUAAUCUGGCGGCUGCCAUCAUAUCUCAGCUCCAAUCCCACGUUCACCAUCCACAAGGCAGUCCACCAAUUCGCCGGCCACGCUUUCACCGCGAGCAGCAACAGCAGCAGCAACAGCAGCCCCAGCAGCAGCAACAACAGCAGCAGCCACAGCAGCAGCAACGUCCCUGGGAAUCGCUGACGCAGGUAUUCCAACAGGCUCCGGCGGCACAGGCUCAGCACCAGCAUCCGGCCUCUUCACUGAUGGUCGACAUCAAUCAGGUACCGGUCAGUCUACCGCUUGGCCAUCACCACGAGCAGCUGUGGACGUACUCGGCGGGCCCGCACAUCUCAAUCUGUUCCGGCCAUCCAGCUGCACCACAUUUGCCACCUUGCCAGGUCCAUGGAGUGUACUCGCAGCCGUUUGCGCAAACGUGUGGCAUCGGAGGUCACUUUGGCAGCUUUGCAUCUUCCGCAGGACCGGCAUUAGCCGUUCCACAUCCGCCACCGCAUCAAGCGCAUUAUCAGCAUCCACAUCUGGCGCAACAGCGUACCGAUGGUAUUUCGCUGGACGGGUUGGAGCAUGCCGGUGCAUCACCGCUGCACCUGUCACCGCUAACCACGCACGCGCACCAUCUGCACGGUGCGUCACCGCAGAUGACGCAGCUGACCGCGGCGGCCCAACCGAUCUACAUCUCUACCGAGGUAAGUGCCGUGGGUAGUGAGGUGCCCCGUACGGGCGUCACACCCGCCGGAACACUGAUCCCACUGAUCGCGAACGUCCCGCAGGGUCGCAACUAUGAGAUACUGCACCGGACGGUUCGCCGGGCGAUCACGGCACCGCGGCGCAACUUUGCCCGCUUCCACUGGCCCGGUCCACCGCCGCCGCCGCCACCACCACCACCGCCGGCCCAUCACCAGCACCACCAUCCGGGUCACCAUCACCCGACGCAUCACCAUCGGCCACAUGCCCCACCGCCGCCACCGCCGGCCGCUCUGCAGGCCCAUCCACAACCGCUCGGCCAUCCGCAACCGGCCCACGUUACGCUGUCGGCCACCACGUCCGCCUACUCCGGCAUACUGCUGAACUUCCUACCCGUCCGAUGUCCUUUCAGAGCCAUGUUCCCGCUGUCCACGUACGGUCCGCCGGAUCUCAACUCGCCCGAUUCGAACGAGACGGAAAAUUACGAGGCACUGCUCAGCUUGGCCGAGCGUCUCGGGGAGGCAAAACCGCGCGGUCUCGCCCGGCCCGAAAUUGAUCAGCUGCCGAGCUACAAGUUUAACGCGGAAACUCACACCGGUGAUCAAACAUCGUGUGUGGUGUGUAUGUGUGACUUUGAGGCCCGUCAGAUUCUGCGAGUUUUGCCGUGUUCGCACGAGUUCCAUGCCAAAUGCGUUGAUAAGUGGCUACGGUCCAACCGCACGUGCCCAAUUUGCCGUGGCAACGCAUCGGAGUACUUCGAAAGCAGCGAGGAGCAGUAAUGAGCGUUCUCUGGUAUGUUGCAAAAAUCCGAGAUGCGGUUUACAUUGUUCUUCAAUCAGAGAGAGAGACUCAGUAAAACAUUCAGCACUCAUCUCGUGAUCAGAUUAAUCGCGUGUUAUUCGUGUAUGACCAAAGCUAGUUCUUUUCUGUCCACCCUAUCGCACGGCUCAAACAAACCGUUGGACGCCAGGGCAUUUGUAUGCUGUUUUACGCUUUAAUUGUAUACGUUUCCUUUACGCAAAAUUGAUCCCCUUCCGCCCCAAGCAACGAGCAAGAGCGCGUGGGGCGAGCUAGCACUCGCAACCGUGUAUUAGUUAGUUACUCAUAAAAAAAAAAGAACAAUCGAUAUAUCCGCUACAAAGAGGUGUAAAUUUUAACAAAAAGUUAUGAGGAAAAAGCCGAUAUUUGAAUUUACGUUAGGCUGCUUUCUAGUUUAUAUUUCGUUUAUAUAAUGUUUCUUAUUUUUAUUAGAAACGGAGUUCACUACUGGGAACGGUUUUGUAAUGCUUUUUUGAUUUUUUUUUGGCUAGCGGAAACUAUAUACAUUUAAUAAAAUAUAAUGCAACAGUAAAACUGCGAGAAAUGUUUAUCACAAAGAUAAUUAACAAGCUAAAACCAUAACGAUAGAACACGAAAUGAUAAUGCAAGCGCCAUUUCGCAAAACCACCCAAGAGCAAUAAUUCGAAAACAACAAACACAGCAACCAGCUCAGUCAACGUAUACAAACCAUGUUUUCAUAGGCCAUAAAUAUAAGUAGCGAAAGUAGGGAAGGCGAACUAAUUACUGCUAACUAUGUAUAGCGCAAUUAAAGCAUAUAUAGAUAUAUAGAGGAAACACGUAAUUAAACAAGACAAACGAGCCAACAAAUUGAACUAUAACACACACACAUACAGAGAGACACAUUUUUAUUCCAAUAAUAGAGCGCUUGGUGAUAUAUCUAUAUAUGUACAUGAUGGUGUAACACGCAGCAGUGGUAUAAAACACGAUAGACAGAGCACGAGAGCUACCAAAAUGUUUUAACAUUAUACAACCGCCUUGUUUUUAGAUUGCUACAGAAUAUCGAUUUUAAAAUAGGUUUUUUUUUACUAUAAACCCUUCCGUGUAUCUCAAAUAUAAUUUUUAAUUUACUUUUUGAUUUACAGGGUUUUCCUGUUGAUAAUGUAAUGUAAAGGUAUCGAUCCUUUUUGUAAACUCUGUACAUGAAAUAUGGUAAACAAGACUAUUGUUUAUACCUGCAAGUUACGCACUUACACGGGCGCUGACGGGUCGUGUACAAUAUCAUCUGCUUUGAUUACAAUAUCAUCUGGUAACUUUACAAUAAAUGGUAAUUGAUUCCCCCGGCCAUCUAAAGCCGUUCCCAAGUCAACAAGCUUUGCUUACCAAUUCAUGUUAAGAGCUUUCGAAAAAGAUCGAUGCCUUUUACAAUAUCAACUGAAGUACCCUGUACUAUUCAUUUAGUUUUCUGUACAAUUUUUAUUUUCUGACCCAAAAUUCUGAGUUGUGUUGGAUGCAUUGAGCAGAUAAGUGUUUUUUUUGUGCCAUGCGUGAGCGCGGCUUGUACAUCGGUUUCCGUUAUACCGUUCUACGAUUGAUGUAGCUGCAUUUUGCAUGGUUGUGGUUUUAUAAUCAGAGAGCGUUACUACUUAUCGAAAUAGCACUGAACGAUCAACGAAGCAUCCACUUGUCCCGCACGAGCUCUCCCCCCAAUAGGAUACGGUAUCUAAUUGAUUGUUACACAUACGUAGGACCAAACUAAUGCCAUAAUAGUCACACGAUUCCAUGUAAUCACAACAUGUAUGUCCGUGAGGCGCAAGUUUAGCAGCGAGAACAAAAAACAACAAAAAAAACUAACAAAUCUCAUACAGAUAAAUUUCAAACAGAGAGAGAGAGAGGGAGAGAGAGAGAGUUACCUUAAGAUUGGUUUUGUAUGUGUUUUGUGCAUCGGUAGCAUUUAACGGUUUUUUUUGCAAUAAUAUUUUUAGCAUGAACGAGCUCCUGCUGUUGUAAUCACUACCAAAUGUUACGAUUUUGCUUAUGAGAAACGAAUUAGUAGUAGUAAACGGCAAGCCUUUUAGUUUUUCAUUUGGUUAUCGGCGGUUUUCGGUUACUACGGUAGUUGUCCCACGUGUGCGCUUUCUUAUCGUUAUUAUCAUGCACAUCGUUACGGAGAAGAGGAACGUAUAGGGAACGUGUAUGUGUGUGUGUGUAGUAAGGAUAUGCUUAUACUGCUUUCAUUUUAACGCUCGGGGGUGCACACGCUUAUAUUAGGAAAGAACUGAACCUUUAAAAAUCAUUCCAUUUGUUACAGUUAAGGCUUGAGCGGUUAAGGCGUUUGUUUUUAAAUGAGUUACAAUAACUAUUCUCCACCCUAUAUGUUUUAUUCUUUAUAGUGUUACUUUCUUUCUUUUCCUGUUUCUUGUUUUCGCAAUUCUAUGUAGUUAAUGCAAUUUUUUAAAUUACGUUAUAAUAAUUCGCCCCGUUUUUUUUACGUACGUCUUAUAUAUUAGGGAUACGUUUCGGUUCCGGGAAUUUCAUCGUUUAGCUAGUUUAGUUGGGUGUGAUUGCGCUAGAUGUAUUAAAUUCACUCCGAAGCUAUGUAACAAUCAUUUUUCAAAGCAAUAUUGCUAGUGAGGCAUAUCCUGACAGAUACAAUAUUUUGCGGACCGCUUCAUGAUCUCGAAUGCGUGUGUGUUAGUGUGGAAAUCCCCUGUCAACAAUGAUCAGAUUUUGCUUAGAUCUACCUGCACUAAACACGUUUUAAAUUGCCAUACAGCUUUAUCGUAGAAUAUAGAAUCGGAAUAGUUGUGCUGUGCCGGGACGGCCGCAGACAACAGAUUGGUUUCGCGCUUAUUAGUUAGAUUUCGUGCAGCUAUUGGUUUCCGUAAAGUUUGUUUUAAAUUAGCCACUAGCGGCUUGUUGUAGUGAACAGAAACGAAGAAUCGAAUAUCCAACAUUUGAUGAUAGAAUAUUUUGUGUCAUGCGUUGUGUGGAAAAAAAGAGAUCCCAAUAACAUUACCGAAUCAAACAAAACCCCAACUGUCCCAAUCGUCCUUCCUCGCUCAUUAUUCGCUAUACGGUAGACACUUUAGUUGUUUCCUUGUUGUGCUGUUCCUAACGAGAAUGCAAAACGAACAAACGCAAAAAACACACGCUAAACCUAUUGAAUGUGAUUUUGGUACAAUAUUAGCUUAGUGAGGGACGAUAAAUCGGACCGGUUUGUAUGUAAUUUGUGUGAGUGUGUGCGUAUGUGUGUGGUGAGGAAAAAAUUAUGUCGAAAGAACACAAAAAAGAGGUAAUAGAAUCCGUCAUCGUAAUGGGGAGGGUCAUUGUUUGGAAGGAAAGAGCUAUACGAGCUCGAAUACAAUAAAUAUAAACGGCGGGCAUAGGACAGCGCUGUCUGGCGGGCCGCAAUUUGCAGGAAGCUAAUGAUAUCUUAUAACAAUUAUCAAUAAGAAGACAAGUACAUUUUAAAAACGGGAUCAAUGGAUUUAGAUAUAACGUGAAUCACGCUUAUGAUAAUGCGCUUGUGAUGAUGGUUUUCGGUACAACUGUAUCAGUUUCGGGUAGUUUGCUUUGCCAUCUUUCAAUUACUCGCCCUGCUAUUAGUCCUAACUAAAGCAGCAAAAAAAGCGCUUCGGUAAGGCAGUUUGAUUUUGUUUUCGGCCAAAUAUUGAAAUCUUCUUACCAAACUUUCGAUAAGCACAAAUUCUACGCGCUCUAGUGUAAGAUGCACUCACGGUUAAAAUUCUUCUCAUUCGAAACCGGAAACCCACAUCACUCGCUGCCCGCGCACUGCAUGUUGUACUAUCCGCCUGUACCACACCAGAACUGCCCGAAUGCUGCGUCAUGACGUCGUAACGUGGAAUGAAUGGGGCGCGUGUGUCUGUGAUUGCGUACGCUAACGGUCGCUUAUCUGGCGAGUUUUACGUUCGUUACGUUAUGCUGUGUGAAUGCAUGAAUAAGGGAUGAAUGAAGAAGCAAGUUAUUAACAAAGUAAAACAAAACAAAACAAAAAAAAGUUUAAGUAAAACAAGGUAACAGCAAAGCAUUAUUGUGUGCCCCUCCUACAUUCUGGACUGAUCUUUAUAUAUAUACAUAUGAUGAAGAAGAACAACAAACAAACAAAAAACGAUACAUAUAAAUAUACAUUAUAAUAUAAAGCAAGCAACAACAAAAAAAAAAAAGAAAGCAGAAGAACGGACGGCGCAAACGAGUACGAGUAACCCGUAUAUCAUCUCCGAUUCGUUGUUUUUGUCCGGCAGCGCAGCAGAAACAUUCCACAGUAUUGUUCACACUAACCCUUUGAAGCCAAAUAGCGAAUGAUGAAAUGCAUGUGAAAUUUAAUUACACCAAAUAAAGGAACAAACUGCAGUGGCGAGCGCGCCAUAUCCCUUUUUAAAUUGACGCACACAUCGUACAUUGAAAGGACAGAAGAAACAAACGAGAAAAUAGAGAGAGAGAGAGAGAGAGAGAGAGAGAGAGAGAGAGAGAGAGGGAGAGAGGCGAAAACUUGUGUAUGUGUGUCUGCAAUCUUGCUGUAGUGUGUGUUUGUCCGUGUGUGUGUGUGUGUGUAUAUGUAGAGUGACGACCUUUUUAGUGGUUUCCAUGUUGAGUAAUUGAGCGAACGAAACGAAAAAAAGGCAGUAAGCGUGUUUAUAUAUAUAAAUUACAAGAAAAAAAAAAACAGAACAAAAGUACAUCCGCCCUGUUUAGUAGUCGUCAAAGGAGGAGGCCUUUAUUGUUGCAGUAAAGGUUUAAAUAGGAACGCAGCAAGGCAGAAACGAAACCGGCAUCCUCGAACGCGCUCCCCAAAAUAUCUUGUAUCUUCCCUUUUACAUUUUAACGAUGUUCAAUAUUUAUUAGUGAAGAAAACAAAUUCAUGAAUACAUCAACGCGCUGCAACAGACGACAAAAGCCGAAAAGAAAAUCGGUUACAGGAAAUUUUGAAAAACAGUAAACUAAACCGAUUCCCCCGAAAAACACUGCACUAGGGGAAUGAUCAGUGUAAAGAAAAGUGAAAGAGAAGCAAAAACAAACACACACACAACAAGAACAAAAAAUUAAAAUGCAUUUUCGCUGCUGCUAGAUGUGAUAAACUUUAAUGAAGAAAAGUAAACAAUAUAUAUAUAUGGAACGAAGAAGAAGAAGAAAAGAAGGAAGAAGAAACAACCACAAGACGAAAAAAACAAACAAACCAUUAACAUAUAGAUUAGUAUAAUACUACAAGAUGUCCACAAGAGAAAGUGUGUUGCUAACAAAACAAUAAAACUAAAUAAACCACCAAUGUAAAUCUCUCUCGCUCUCUCUCUCUCUCCUUCUCACUCUCUUACUGGCUAGCGGCUAACCGAUAUUGUGCGCUAUCGUGCUAGUACUUCAUACAACCCGUGCAUGCAAAAGCUGUCUAAAUGUAUAGUUUGUGUUCAAUAUGUACACUACACGACUUGCCAAGCUAUUGUAUCUGAUGCACCAGUACUACUACUGCUACCACUACUGCUAUCACUACUAUUACUUGAAUGCUUAAAUUGUUUUUUUUUUUAUAGGUAAAUUGCCUUCAACAUAAUUUGACUGCUUUACCACACACAUAAACACACUACACACCUUAGUACUUUACUUGUUUUAGACACACACACUAACUCUCACUGUUUGCGUCCGAACAUUCUUAUACUGCAUAUGUUUCUAACCACUGUUAAAAUAUUUUAACCUGUAGUUUUAUACCUAUGUGUGUGUGUGUAAGAAGAGAAAAUGAAAAAGGGAAAACAUUAGAAAUUUGUGUAUUAGCUCAAUAACUCAUCCACAAAAAAAUAUUAUUUAUCAAUGUGAAGUUGUCUGGCAUAUAAACUGCAAGAUAAUCAGAUCAGUGAACAAAAGCUCGCUUUUUGUUCUUUUUAUUUCCUCGCUUGCUUCAUUCUUUGCCAAUUCUAAGUGUGUAAUUUCACAAUUGUAACUACUUCUCCAAUUACUGUUUGGAGCGAUAGAUCGCCAAAGUCUUCGGAUUCGAUGUAAAUAGCUUCGUUUGUGCAAUAGUCGGACAGCCGCUACAUUUCGACCGCCGGCAGCUUACAAAAGUUACAAAGCAAUACGUGAACGUAACACGCGCAGGUUUAACACAAAACUGCUAACAAUAAGCAAAAACCGCCCCACGCUUAAUUUAGUGCUACAUAUAGAACAAAAGAAUUUUGACACGCAUAAGACCAGUCUAGAAAUAGCUACAAAAUAAUGUGAGAAGAAAUUAAGCAAAAAAUAACAAAAAUCAGCAAACACUACAGUAAAAAAAAAAAAUAGGAAAGUCACUCACAGCGGACGGAUGCAACCUAAUAUGCCCCACUCCUCUUUUAGCAGUAGUGAGACACUGUAAUAUAUACAUAUAUAUAUACUACAUACAUAUAUAUAUUUUGGGUGUGCCUUUUUAUACAUUGUACAAUUUUGAAUGUGGCCACGUAAUUGUAUUGUAUUUUAAAUUCAAAAACCAAAUGAAAAGAUAAAACGGGAAAGUAACAUGAAAAAAAGGGAAACAAAAACUCAAAAAGAGCAAAAAAAAACACAAACCUUUGAAGAAAAAAAACAAGAACAUUAAUAUCAAAAAAAAAAAGUAUGAAACUAGUAUUUGUCUUGUAUUGUUUUAUUCUUGUUCCGUUGUUUGAACGUUUCAUGGAUUGAUUGUUGGGCUUGCCGUUGCUGUUGUGUUUUUUUCUUCGCAUUCACCAUUUUACAAUUAUAUCUUUUCGCGCGUUUAGUGCUAUUCUAUAUUUACUUUUUUUCACCGGUUUUUUCCUUACUUUGUUCCUUGUUUUAAUACCAAAACACAGCUUCAAUUAUUCCCUCUAGCUAACAUUUUUAGUUGUAUUGUUUAUUGGGUUAUUUUCUUCUACUUCUAUUUAGUGUGUUUUGCUUUAUUUUACAUUUUACUGAUGUGUGUAAUGGGGUGUUUCCCUUUUCCUUUCUAUUGCUUCUUUAAACUUCUUUCACUAAGGGAACUUUUUUUUCUGAAAUUUCAUUUUACAGCCAUGGUAUAUUAGGAACAGUAACAUAUCGCUCAGCACUUUAAUAUCAAUGAAAAUCGUCAUCGAUAAGGAUUUAUAAACAAUGCAUCCCUUUUUUUUCUCAUAAUUUUCCGGGUAGAGUUAAACAUGCUUUAGUUCUCGCAGGGUUUUCCGGGGUAUUUAACGGGCUUUCCAGAUAUUUUGUUUUUACAUCAUAUUAAUAUUUUUGAAAAUUUUGUGAAUUAUCAAGUAUACGCGUCCUUUUAUGAAUUCUAUGAAUAUUUUAAAAUACGCUUUUAAUAUGUUUUAUUGAAAUUUUUGCUGUUGCAGGCAAAAAAAAUCCUGCUUAGGGGUUUUCAAGAUUCAAAAAAUGGAAGGAAAUUAAAAAUAUUUCAAUCAAAAUUUGCUCCUUAGUUUUCAAAACAACAAUCUCUGGACGAGAACAAAAUAACUGGGAUAGCGUAAAAAAUUUUCGGGAAACUAUCUUUUUUUGGCAAUCGUUUGAACAGAAUAUCAUUAUCUUUAAACCAUUCCGUAAAAAAACUAUUCACCUUCAAAUAAAUUUUACAAUAAAAAAAGUCAAAUGUAAUUGCAACCAGUUAUAAACACUUUUCUAUUAAGUUGAAACCUAGCGGUUUCUUCUAGUUUCCCUAUACCGGUUUGGUUUAAUUUCUUACUUUACUUUCAUGUAUUUCAAUCGUUCGUUGUUUUGCUAUUCAAGUACAUUAUAUGAGAAUGAUAAGUAUGUGUGUGUGCGUGUGUAUGUCUGAAUUUACGUAAAGCAAUAAUGCGUUGAGAGAACGAAUGUUUUACGUUUUGCUUGUUAGAAUUCGCGGAACGCGCCCUUAACUUCAAGGGGGAAAGCACAUUAUAAUUCUCUUCUCCCAGCAAAACUCAGCUCGCCUCUUCCUAGUUGUUCCCUGAAUGGUUCUGUCUUUCAUUGAAUGAAGUCAACAUCAUAGUUUCUAGGUAUUUUACAUUGUUUCACUGUUAUAACACUGGUUGUUUAUGGUUCAGCUGUCCUCCGGUUGGUGGCUUCGGCUAAAAUGGGCAGCCCUUUAAUGAGCACGCUGUAACGCCGCAAUACUUCCCCUUCCAAAGCGAAUGUCCCUUUGUAAUUUUUUCUCUUCAACUUACUGUAUUAUCCUACCAUCAUUUUAUGCAUUGCGCUACUACUUACUACUACUACUACUACCCAUCACUGCUACUAUUAAUUAAUCAAAAAUAGGUGUUUGAAGCAUUUGGUUUUCCGUUUCCGUCUUUACAUCCGACCUUACAUUAAGCGCCUAGCUGCUCUGUGUACUUUUGCUCGUGUAGUAGUAGCAGCCCACCAUGUUGUUUUUUUUUUGUGCCAGUAUCAUCAUUCGCAGGGCCAUUAUAGCUCACUUCUCGAAACACUACCAGCAGUAAAGACGGGACACAGUUGGUUGGUGGUCUGGUGGUUUACGUUUCUGUUCUGUUCCGUGUUUGAUUUUUCAUCACUAUCUCUCUUUCUCUCUCUCUCUCUCUCUCUUGCUAUCUCUUCGCUCUUCCUUGCUUGUACUGGACAGUCGUUUUCUUGGCAUAUCCACCAUUAUUACUAGCGCACUCGUUCCUGUUCGUAUACUUUUGUAAAUGCCCGAUAUUAGUAGCCAACCUGCGUGCGCUUCUUUUGGUGUGGAUAAUCGCAUUACUGGAUAUCGCACGGUCCCACCCAACAAGCAUAAAUGCAUAAACAUUAUUGUACGGUAGAUGUGUGUGUGCGUGUGUGUGAUAGGCAACUGUUAAUCGGAGCGAGCUACUACUCGUAAUCAUGUGCUGUAAAUCACCAUAUUAAGAAUGCUUAACAAUCCCUGUUUUGUGUGUCACCUAUCUCUCGGACAGCGCAGCGUUGGCUCUCGACCAUAGUGCGCUGUUUUGCUCUCCCGUUUGGGUGCUAUAGUACAGGGAAUAAAAGAACGUAAAAAGGAAACACAGAAAAAAUAUUACACAUAUAUUAACCAGUCACACACACCAGCUACUACCGGCUGGUGUGAAUACUUUUUUGGUGUAGGCACAUUAAUGGCUGAACAAGUGUAAUAACGCGGCAGGCAACACAUUCGCAGAGAAGAUUGUGUCUAUUAUAAUGCAAACUCAGAACCCAGUGUGUCCUACCACACGGCGGUUGCGGUAUUUUAAUGAUUUCUUCCAAUACCAAAACCCCUGUGUUGAUGGUGGUUAGGAACAGAUCGAACCAAUAGACAGAAAAGAUGUGCGCAUAUGGAUGAUUAAACAUAAGAAUUUAUGAAAAAAAAACAAUACUUACAUAGAAAAGACAGAACUAGGAAGAGGAACAUCGAACGUGAGGCAAAGCUUGGUUGGUAAAGUAUGAUCAUAUUCUUGUAUAGCAGCAGCUAGAAACGACGCUGGAGUACAUCAUUUAUUCGUUCACUACCAGCAAAAAAAAACAAUACACACACUAACCGAAUUAAAUCUAAUAAAGAUGCGUAUAAUUGUG